AUGAUCCGAGUGCUCCUCCAAGAUUGCCACGCGAGACUUCGCAAGUACCGUCAAAGGAUUGACGAAGAAAAGACCAGAUGCCGUGAGUUCAUGGGCGAGAUCGAUACAAAUCUGCUCCUGCAGUGGGUGACUGAACAAGCCCGCGAACAGAGAGUGAUACGCGACGCAACACUGGAGGACAAAUUUCGAAAGCUGCCCAAUCCAACGUCGCCCAGAAACGACAAACGGGUGCACAACCUGUCAUCAAAGGAGCUGACGAAGGAUCAGACGCAGGUUUUACGGCACGAAGCUUCAUUUAACACGGCUGACGCCAAACCUGUUAACAUGAUUUCAGCAGUGGAAUCAAUCUUUUGUCAGACGGAGGCAACGGAGGAGACUAAGAGCCUCAUCCGGCACCAAGUGUCGUCUCUCCUGAUGGCCCACAGGCCGCGGGGAAUGCUUUUUAAGGUCGAACGUGAUACGCUUAAAGAACUAAAGGUCGCCAAAGACCUGAUCAUCGUGCCAGCGGACAAAGGGCGCGCCACGGUUGUACUAGACAGGACAGACUACCUUCAAAAAGCCAAAGGUUUACUGGCUGACCGGCAGUUCUAUGUCCCAUGUGCAACGAACCCUUUAAAAGCGCUGACGCGCGAAAUUAAUGCUACGUUGUUGGUCUUGGAGAACUCAGGCGCAAUAACACCGACCGACAGGCUCAUGGCGAGACCCCGAGAUACGGCUUUGGCCCGAUUCUAUGGCCUCCCUAAGGUGCACAAAGACGGCGCUCCUCUCCGACGCAUUGUGUCGCUCAAAGGGACUCCAACGUACGGACUGGCUAAGUGGCUGUUCCGGUGUCUCAAGUUCCUGGCCGUUGAGUCAGACACCCGGUGUCUUCGUCAGCACAAUUCCUGGAGAGGCUCAAAGGGGUAA